GGAGCCGUGCAUCCUGGGAGUUAUAGUUUCCGGCUCCCUCCUUCAGACUACAAGCUCCACAGAGCCGCGGGAGGACGGUUGCCUGGUAUUAUUAGCAAGCAGCAAAUAUGGCGGUGGCGCGCGUGGACGCGGCUUUGCCUCCCGGAGAAGGAUCAGUGGUCAAUUGGUCAGGACAGGGACUACAGAAAUUAGGUCCAAAUUUACCCUGUGAAGCUGAUAUUCACACUUUGAUUCUGGAUAAAAAUCAGAUUAUUAAAUUGGAAAAUCUGGAGAAAUGCAAACGAUUAAUACAGUUAUCAGUAGCUAAUAAUCGGCUGGUUCGGAUGAUGGGUGUGGCCAAGCUGACGUUGCUUCGUGUAUUAAAUUUGCCUCAUAAUAGCAUUGGCUGUGUGGAAGGGCUAAAGGAACUAGUACAUCUGGAAUGGCUGAAUUUGGCAGGAAAUAAUCUUAAGGCCAUGGAACAGAUCAAUAGCUGCACAGCUCUACAGCAUCUCGAUUUAUCAGACAAUAAUAUAUCCCAGAUAGGUGAUCUAUCUAAAUUGGUAUCCCUGAAAACCCUGCUUUUACAUGGAAACAUCAUCACCUCUCUUAGAAUGGCACCUGCUUACCUACCCAGAAGUCUUGCUAUACUUUCUUUGGCAGAAAAUGAAAUCCGAGACUUAAAUGAGAUCUCUUUUUUGGCAUCCUUAACUGAAUUGGAACAGUUGUCGAUUAUGAACAAUCCUUGUGUGAUGGCAACACCAUCCAUCCCAGGAUUUGACUAUCGGCCGUACAUCGUCAGCUGGUGCCUAAACCUCAGAGUCCUAGAUGGAUAUGUGAUUUCUCAGAAGGAAAGUUUGAAAGCUGAAUGGCUCUAUAGUCAAGGCAAGGGGAGAGCAUAUAGGCCUGGCCAGCACAUCCAGCUUGUCCAAUAUCUGGCUACAGUCUGCCCCCUCACUUCUACACUAGGUCUUCAAACUGCAGAGGAUGCCAAACUAGAGAAGAUUUUGAGCAAACAGAGGUUUCACCAGAGGCAGUUGAUGAACCAAAGCCAAAAUGAAGAGUUGUCUCCUCUUGUUCCUGUUGAAACAAGGGCAUCCCUUAUUCCUGAGCAUUCAAGCCCUGUUCAAGAUUGCCAGAUAUCCCAGGAAAGUGAACCCGUCAUUCAAGUGAAUUCUUGGGUUGGGAUAAACAGUAAUGAUGAUCAGUUAUUUGCGGUUAAGAAUAAUUUUCCAGCCUCUGUACACACUACGAGAUAUUCUCGAAAUGAUCUGCACCUGGAAGACAUACAGACGGAUGAGGACAAGUUAAACUGUAGUCUUCUCUCUUCAGAGUCUACUUUUAUGCCAGUUGCAUCAGGACUGUCUCCACUAUCACCUACAGUUGAGCUGAGGCUGCAGGGCAUUAACUUGGGCCUAGAAGAUGAUGGUGUUGCAGAUGAAUCUGUGAAAGGGCUGGAAAGCCAGGUGUUGGAUAAGGAAGAGGAAAAGCCUUUAUGGGCUGCAAAUGAGAAUUCUGUUCAAAUGAUGAGAAGUGAAAUCAAUACAGAGGUAAAUGAGAAAGCUGGACUAUUACCUUGUCCUGAGCCAACAAUAAUCAGCGCUAUCUUGAAGGAUGAUAACCACAGUCUUACAUUUUUUCCUGAGUCAACUGAACAGAAACAAUCAGACAUAAAGAAACCAGAAAAUACACAACCAGAAAAUAAAGAAACCAUAUCUCAAGCAACUUCAGAGAAACUUCCCAUGAUUUUAACCCAGAGAUCUGUUGCUUUGGGACAAGACAAAGUUGCCCUUCAGAAAUUAAAUGAUGCAGCCACCAAGCUUCAGGCCUGUUGGCGGGGAUUUUAUGCCAGGAACUACAACCCUCAAGCCAAAGACGUGCGUUACGAAAUCCGGCUACGCAGAAUGCAAGAGCACAUUGUCUGCUUAACUGAUGAAAUAAGGAGAUUACGAAAAGAAAGAGAUGAAGAACGUAUUAAAAAAUUUGUACAAGAAGAAGCUUUCAGAUUCCUUUGGAACCAGGUAAGGUCUCUACAGGUUUGGCAACAGACAGUGGACCAGCGUCUAAGUUCCUGGCAUACUGAUGUUCCUCCUAUAUCAAGUACUCUUGUGCCAUCAAAACAUCCAUUAUUUACCCAAAGCCAGGAGUCCUCUUGUGAUCAAAAUGCUGAUUGGUUUAUUGCUUCUGAUGUAGCUCCUCAAGAGAAAUCAUUACCAGAAUUUCCAGACUCUGGUUUUCAUUCCUCUCUAACAGAACAAGUUCAUUCAUUGCAGCAUUCUUUGGAUUUUGAGAAAAGUUCCACAGAAGGCAGUGAAAGCACCAUAAUGGGGAAUUCCAUUGACACAGUCAGAUAUGGCAAAGAAUCAGAUUUAGGGGAUGUUAGUGAAGAACAUGGUGAAUGGAAUAAGGAAAGCUCAAAUAACGAGCAGGACAAUAGUCUGCUUGAACAGUAUUUAACUUCAGUUCAACAGCUGGAAGAUGCUGAUGAGAGGACCAAUUUUGAUACAGAGACAAGAGAUAGCAAACUUCACAUUGCUUGUUUCCCAGUACAGUUAGAUACAUUGUCUGACGGUGCUUCUGUAGAUGAGAGUCAUGGCAUAUCUCCUCCUUUGCAAGGUGAAAUUAGCCAGACACAAGAGAAUUCUAAAUUAAAUGCAGAAGUUCAAGGGCAGCAGCCAGAAUGUGAUUCUACAUUUCAGCUAUUGCAUGUUGGUGUUACUGUGUAGCAUGUUGUGGUCUUUUGGGAGGCAGAUAUCCACUUAACUUUUCUUAAAAAUACUUUCAGUUGCCUUUUCUUUUUUUUGGAGGGAAAUACUCCCUACCCCUAAUUUUGUUACUAUUUAUAUAGAAUUUGUAUUCAUGUCUUAUAUUUUUCAGAUUCUAGAUAUUGAGCUGAGUUUUCAUUUUGAUUUUGUUAGCUUUUUACUUAGCUGUAAGGUACCAAACUAUUUAUAUUGAAAGCUAUAUGCACUUUAUUUCUUAACUGAAUUGCAUCAACAAUGUUCCUGUUUCUUUCAUGUACUCAUUUACUUUCAAAAAUAAGCUAGAAUACAUUAAAGAAAAUAGAAAAAAUUACCUUAAAUAUAUAAAUAAGAGAAUUUUGGCCCUUCUGUGUCUGAGAAAAUUAAUUAUAUAGCAAGGAAUGAAAUUUGAUAAAGCAAAUAUAAAUGAGAAAUAUGAGGAUUGUGAAUUAUUGAAAUUUGCCAGUCUCCCUGGUGUAAAAUGUUUUUUUAAAGCCUUUUUUCCUCCUUUCGGAGUCAAGGAAAGCCUUUCUAUAAGCAAAUUAAGGAAGAAAAGGUAGGAUUAUAAGAUUUCUCAAUGGGGAUGAUUAAAUUGUCUCAUGGAAAACUUCAGUUAAUGUCAUGCAUCAGUUUUAACAUAUGAAGUAAAGUGUUCUAUCCAGGAUUAAAGUCAAGUUUACUUAGGCAACACAAGAAUAUUUCACUUAGAUAUGAAGAAAGGAAACACUAGUCUCCAUUCACUUGAAAUACUCUCAUGGCAAAUAUUUAUCCUUUCAUUAAGUGCUUUUUCACCCUAUAGAUAAGCAUUUUUGUGCCAACAUGUUGUCAGAAAUUAAUGUAUGUUCAUCUCCUCUGUUCCUGCUUAUUUUUACUUAUGUAUUUCAGCAGAAGGUCCAUGGCCAUUCACUUCAAUUUUGACCUCUGUCCCAUAGUGAAGAACAUUUAAAGUAAUACUAAUGGUCGAAUAUGAAUGACUUUUUAGGAACUACUUUUUGUCUAACCUGAAAAAGUGCCACAUUUGGAAGACAAUUUAAUGAUGGUGAAGAAAUAAUAAACCUCACUUUACUUGUUAAAAGGGAUAUAUAUAUAUAUAUAUAUAUAUAUAUAUAUAUAUAUGUCUGCAACUUCAGGGAGAAAUAAGAUUGUGUUUGAAUAUUGUAGGUAGAUGCAUUUGUAAUUAAGGAUAAUAUCGUUUAACAACAUGUAUUUGGUUUCCCUCAACUUACAGACAUACGGCUAUUUAAAACUAUGGCAAUACUUAAGCGUCUCUAAAUUUAGGUGCUAAAUAUCUAUUAUUCUGUUGUAGUCAUUAGGUGCCCUUCUCUGAAGUUAUGUAAAAUAAAAGCAUCUGAUCCUUCAAGGAUAAAGUUGAGGAUCACAUGGUACGUGGCAUUUGUUGUUAUUGUUUUUUAAAGAGAUGGAGGCUGGCUCUGUUGGUGCAGUGCCACGAUCAUAGUUCACUAUAACCUCGAACUCCUGGCUCAAGUGAUCUCCCACUUCAGCCUCCCGAGUAUCUGGGAUUAUAAGCAAGAGCCACUGCUCCCAGCUCAUGGUAUUUGUUGAUAGUCAUAACAUUUUUCCUGUAUGGUAAGACGUAUUUUUCUCAGUUUAUAAAUACGUAGCACUCAGGUUGAGACGACUUGGAUUUUAUUCUUAGAAAUCCAGAAUCCCUUGAAAAGGAAAUAUUUUCUGUUUCUUAUAAAUAAAAGAGUAAUCUUACUUUCAGAAGGAUUUUCCUUAGUGAAACAUGUGUAACAUUGAAUGCAUGUUAAAUAAAAAUGGAAUUUCUAACUUUUUUUCAAUAGUGCUAAUUAUCUUUUCUGAAUGAUUUUGAAUGUCUUCUUAAAUAUACCCUAUUUUUCUAUUUUAAAGUUAAGUGCCUCACUUGCUGUCCAUAGUUAGACAAAGAAAAACCAAUUUGCACUGCACUAGUACCAAAAUACUACUUUAUACAUUAGUUUUUCAUAAAAGCUGCUGGAAUGUCAUGAUUCAGUAUUACCUAAAUAGAUUUCUGCUAAAAUCCUCUCCCUCCUGUCUUUUUUAAGUUAUGGAAAAACACAACUAAAUUCAUUUGAUCAUCAGCACUUGUUAGCAGGAUUUCCUUUUUUACCUUUGCCUUGUUUCUUUAGCCCACAAAUAGUACUCAGCAUACUUUCAUUAAAAAUUUGGCACAAUA